CUCUAUGUGGGUAACCUCGACCCUCGUAUUACGGAGCCGGUUCUGGCCGAGGUCUUCUCCGCUGUGCGUCCCGUUGUCGCAGUCAAGAUUAUCCCCGAUAAGCGUCAGGUGCACGGUGGUCUGAACUACGGGUUUGUCGAGUUUGGCAGCCACCAGGAUGCCGAAGUAGCUCUGCAAAACAUGAACGGGCGCAGUGUGUACGAGUAUGAGAUUCGCGUGAACUGGGCAUUCACUAGCAACGGCGGGCAGCUGCAGGAGGACACGAGUACCCACUGCCACAUUUUCGUCGGAGACCUGAGUGCCGAGGUCAACGACCAAGUGCUUUCCAAGGCAUUCGAGAACUACCCUAGCAUGAGCGAUGCGCGCGUAAUGUGGGACAUGACAUCGGGCAAGUCGCGCGGCUACGGCUUCGUGACGUUCCGCGACCGCAAUGACGCAGACAUGGCGAUUGCGCAGAUGAACGGCGAGUGGCUUGGCAGCCGGGCCAUCCGGGUCAACUGGGCCAACCAGAAGGCGUCGUCCAAGGCCAGGCAGGACAUGCACCAGCAGCCGCACUCUGUGGCCGGUACGCUCUCGUACGAGGACGUGCGCGACCAGACUGCACACUACAAGAGCACCGUCUAUGUGGGCAACUUGACCAACUACACAACGCAGGAUCAGCUGCAGGGUCUGUUCCAGGGCUACGGGUACGUAGUGGAAUUUAGGAUGCAAUCUGACCGUGGGUUUGCGUUUGUCAAAAUGGACACGCACGAGAACGCGGCCAUGGCUAUUACGCAGCUUAACGGGGCAAUGAUCAAUGGCAGGCCGCUCAAGUGCUCGUGGGGCAAGGACCGU